GAGGCAAAUUGCUUUCUUUUUGAAAUUUAUCCAGCAAAUUAAAAACAGAAAAACGAGGUCACGUCGAGAAAAUUACCUCUAAAUACUUGUGAAUUAUUGAUUAUUGUAAUCAACGAUAUUAUUGUAAUUUGAAGGAUCGAUUACGUUUCGAAUCAAUACGUCCAACAAUAUUAUAGUAUUAAAUUUGAAGCGAGACCGAAAGGAACGGUUUCUUCGUGCUUUGAAACCAUCAAAGUGUUACGAAACUGUAAUGAAAACAAGAGUACAUAACAGGUGAAUUAUAUAGGCGUAGUCACGAGAUAUUCAGGAUAUACGUAUAUGUACAUACGGCGGUUGAACAUUCCGGUUAGUCAUUCGUCUCGUACGCCACAUUAUCGUGACAAGCGUUCGACAUUGAACGCUAAUUGGAAACCCAAAGUUCAGUGAUACGGGCGAGUGCCAGGCUGUCUCUGCGAAAAGUGCGGAAACUGAGGAGAUUGUGCGAGAAUUCAUCGAGUGGCGUUAAAAAUGAUGAAAACCAUGUGCAUUUCCGACAUAUACGUGCAGUGAAUUAGGUGAAUUAGGUCGGUGUGAUCAAAGUACACGAGCGCACCGGUGCUCGAAUUAGUAUGUUAUCAUCAUUGGCAAUAAAGUUUUAGAAGGACGCUGCUAUCAGUUGACGCUAUUUAUUCCGGCUCUCGUCAAACAGAUACGUUUACAACAAUACGUUAAAGAUCAUUUUUGUUGUUGCGACGCGUGCUGCUCGAUCGCGCAUCGACUUUGCAUUCAACUUUGCAAAGUGUCCAACACCAGGACACUGCGACAGCAAACGGAAUAAUUACAGGAUAAAGUCGUGCCAACUGAAGCAAAAUGAAUCGCUCUUCUUACGGAUGGAAAGCAGAAGUGGUCGAACCAGAGAUUGUACGCCAAGCAGCAUCGAAACCGGAAGUGAGUAUAUCGAUAUAUCAAGCGUAUUCGCGUUUUGCGUGAUAAAGUCGCUAUAAUAAUUGGUCGCAUCGAUUAUGCAACAACGUUGGAAAUUCAAUGUAGGUGACGCAUUUCGAGUUUAAAAACUCGCGCUGCUGCGCGUUAAUUCGCGACGUGUUCCGCAGAUGGCGCACUUGUCGCGCCUCGUUAAGUCGAGUACGCAAGCCGCAGUCGAUGCAAGCACAGGGCGCGCGGCGAGAAUAGCCUCCACCAAUAGAAUCGAUUCAAACGCAGAGAGACGAGUCGUAACCAAGUCUAUUUAUACUUGCAUGCACGCCUUCUCGUGUACGUACGACAUGUUUGACGAAUUUGACAACCCAACCGCCUAAAUUACGGCAGACAGUUGGACGUCAACAACAUGUCAGAAGGGGAACAUUCCACAGGACAACAAUCGUGCGCAUUAUGACGCGUUCAGCUUGGUUCAGUUGCGUGACGAAACAUGUAUGGUACGACGAUGCAUAGGUAAGGUAAGGGUGAAAGGAGCGAACCAGCUCAGUUCUUCGUGUCUCCGAACUAGUCAACUUGUUAGCGGUUCUAUACCCGCAAGUAAAGUUUUUUCUUUCAAGAGGCAUCACGUGUAGCGUGUAGAGACGUUUAGUGACCAGUGAUCGGUGGCGAUCGUUGCAGAGUGUAGCAGUCAUCGUGUAAGAGAGAUGAGUUAUGGGAACGCGGCUUCGCUCGACGACGUAUUCGUCAAAACAGCGGUGCAAGUUAAACGCUUCCUCCCGUCGCUUUUCAACAUCAAAGUGUUGGGCGAGAAAGGCUCUGGCUUCAGAGGUCGAGGAGCGGUGCAAGAUUUUAGCAAACUGAAGCACGAAUGUUUGGCCACCGGCACGCUUUUCGAGGAUCCGGAAUUCCCAGCCGACGAUUCGUCGUUGUAUUUCUCGAGAAGGCCCGACAGAUACAUCGAAUGGAAACGACCGAUGGAAAUCGCCGACAACCCUCAACUGUUCGUCGAGGGUUUUUCCAGAUUCGACGUUCAACAAGGGGAAUUGGGGGAUUGCUGGUUGCUGGCAGCAGUGGCGAACCUGACUAUGGAUAGCAACUUGUUCUUCCAAGUAGUUCCGGAGGACCAGAGUUUCGAGGAGAACUACGCUGGUAUAUUUCACUUCAGAUUCUGGCAGUACGGCAGAUGGGUAGACGUGGUGAUCGACGACAGAUUGCCGACGUAUCGGGGCGAAUUGCUCUACUUGCACUCGGCCGAGGUGAACGAAUUCUGGAGCGCUCUUCUGGAGAAGGCGUACGCCAAGCUUCACGGCUCGUACGAAGCGUUGAAAGGUGGCACAACCUGCGAGGCCAUGGAGGAUUUCACAGGUGGCGUGACGGAAAUGUAUCAGAUGGACGAAACGCCUCCAAAUCUAUUUAGCAUUUUGCUAAAGGCUUUCGAACGCAACUCGCUCAUGGGUUGUUCCAUCGAGCCUGAUCCAAAUGUAUUGGAAGCCGAGACGCCUCAAGGAUUGAUCAGAGGCCACGCUUACAGCAUCACACGCGUGAAACACGUGGAGAUUCAAACGCCGAAUCAAUAUGGGAGAAUACCGCUACUCAGGCUUCGAAAUCCGUGGGGAAACGAGGCGGAAUGGAACGGUCCGUGGAGCGAUCAGUCGCCAGAAUGGAGAUUCAUUCCCGACCACGAGAAGGACGAGUUGGGCCUGACGUUCGACAUGGACGGUGAAUUUUGGAUGUCGUUUCAGGACUUUACGCGAUAUUUCACGCAGCUAGAGAUAUGUAACUUGAAUCCGGAUUCGUUGACCGAGAACGAUUUAAACGCCGGUAAGAAGAAGUGGGAGAUGAGCGUGUUCGAGGGGGAAUGGGUGCGUGGUGUCACGGCUGGAGGUUGUAGGAACUUUUUAGAAACGUUCUGGCAUAACCCGCAAUAUCGAAUUACCCUCGAGUACCCGGACGAAGACGACGACGACAAGUGUACAGUGAUUGUUGCACUGAUGCAGAAAAAUAGGCGAGCACAGAGAAGAAUGGGUGCUGAAUGCCUCAGUAUUGGAUUCGCCAUUUAUCACCUCGAGUAUCCGGAACGGUUACCCAAGCCACUCGAUAUCAAUUUCUUCAAGUACAACGCGUCCGUUGGAAGAUCGCUGUUUAUAAAUUUACGAGAAGUAACAUGCCGUUUCAAACUACCACCUGGCGUCUAUUGCAUAGUUCCCAGUACGUUCGAUCCUAACGAAGAGGGGGAAUUCUUACUGCGAAUCUUCUCCGAGAAUAAGAACAACAUGGAGUUCAAGACGAAUCGGAUCAGGAUCGAAAUGCAGAAAAAGUACGAGAGUUCUUCAAAAAGCUCGCUGGCGACGAUAUGGAAGUGGAUUGGCUGGAAUUGAAGGAAAUCUUAGAUUUUGCGAUGCGAAAAGCUGUAUGUUACGGGUAGAACUAUUGCAGUCGGCGCGUCAUAGUGAGGCUCGUGCCCCCGAAACUGUACAAGGAGAUGGUUCGUUUAUCGACACUCUCGUCUCACUGCUCUGCGGCAUUCUUUGUAAUAACGAACAGUAUCAUAAGACUGUAGAAACAAAUGACAAAGGAUUCAGUAAGGAUGUGUGCCGUAGUAUGGUCGCCAUGCUAGAUACAGAUCAUUCUGGAAAGCUUGGAUUCGAAGAAUUUAAAACGUUGUGGAACGACAUAAGGAAAUGGAGGGCUGUGUUCAAAUUAUACGACAAAAAUGAAUCAGGAGAGUUGAGCGCGUUUGAAUUGAGGCAAGCGUUAAAUAGCGCAGGCUAUCGACUCAAUAAUCACAUUUUAAACAUCUUGGUACAUCGUUAUGGAACGAAGGAUGGCAUGAUCACCUUCGACGAUUACAUAAUGUGCGCGGUGCGACUGAAGACAAUGAUAGAUAUCUUCCGAGAACGAGAUCCAGACUCGACCAACACGGCAACCUUCACCAUGGAAGAGUGGAUAGAGAAAACCUUGUACUCGUAAUCUAGCGCACGUGCGUGUGUGUGUGUGUGUGUGUGUGUGUGUGUGUGUGU